AGGCGCCCGGAGGAAGAGGCGGGGGGAAGCGCGGGCAACCGGUCGGCCGUGGGAGCCAAUCGGCGUACCGGGCGGGGCGGGGCUCGCCAAUCGGCGGAGCUGCCUGGUUUCGCUACGGGACGCGGAGGGACCUUGGCGCUCCUGGCCAGGCUCCGCAGCGUCCCUGGAGCCUCGCGGCCCGCGGGGGCACCCGAAGUCCCCGUCCUGGUAACGACACGCAGGCCCUCCUCCAGACCCCAUCUUCAGGACCCGCCAAUCCCAAGCCGCCCUUUGCCACAGGUGGCUCUCUGGCAACCAUGGAAGAGCCACGGUGCCUGCAGACCAACUGCUUUUUCCGUGGCAAGGAGCACAGCGUCCAGCUGAGUGUGAGCCAAGCAGUGCUGGAGGUGGAGGUGGAGGAGCGACGCAGCACCAAGCUCUGGCGGGGCCGCUUUGAUGCUGCCUCUGUCGAGGACCUGACGCGCAAAACGGGCAACUUCAAGCAGUUUGGGAUCUUCUGCAGCAUGCUUGAAGCAGCAUUGAUGAAGAGCAGCGAGGCUGUCAGCCUGGAGCUGCUCACCUACGGUGACCUGGAGGCCCUGCGAUGCUGUAAGGCAGGGCUGGCAACACGUGUCCCCCCCCCAACCUCACCACUCAGCAGCAAGCGGUACCUCAUCCUCGUCUACUGCGUUGAAUUUGACAGGAUCCACUACCCGCUGCCACUGCCCUACUUUGGUGAGGCAGACGUGGCUGUGCUGCGACACCUGGUGCAGGAGCAGCAGGACGAGCUGGCACACCUGCGGGAUGAGCUGCGACGGGCGCAGCAGGAGGUGUGGAGGCUGGAGGACGAACGGCUGCGGGACAAGGCCUGGCAUCAGCAGGAGCAGCAGCGGAUGACCAAGGAGCUGGCACAGGUGAAGGCGGCUGAAAAGAUGCUGCAGGCACAUGUGAAUACGCUGACGGCUGAGUUGGCGGCGUGCAGGAAAGGGCACAGCACAUCAGCCACAGCACCAGGCCCCCCACGGUAUCGCCACCGCUCUAACUCCCGGGACGGCCGCAGUAGCAGCCAAGGCCGCCUGCCACCACGGUCCCCAUCUCCUGCAGGUGAGGGACAUGGGGAUGUGGGGACCUUCCUGGGACCCCCUCCCAAUGUUCUCCCUCCCCUUCCGUUUCCCCUAGGUUCACGGCCACCGCGCUUCAACCCCACAGCCUUUGUGAGAGCCCGCGAGCAACGGCGGCAGGAGGCUGAGCUCCGAAGGCAGAAGCUGCCACGUGGGACAGUGUCAAACGGUGACGACUGUAGGAGGAGGUGCAGGCACAGCUCUUCGGUUCUGGGGGCACCUAUUAGGUCUGGGUCUGCCCUCAAAGCUUCCAUCAAACCCUGUUUCGCUCCAGCUGAAAGUUUCCAGAGCCAGCGCUCAGCACUGAGCUCGGGCAGCGAGGCUGAUAAAUGUCCCCAGCGCCGCAGCAGGGGUUUGGGGGGUCCUAGCACCCGGAGUCCACUGAGUGCUUCGUCCUGCAACAGCAGUAGUGUGGCACCUCAUCUGGAUAGGGGCCGCAAACAGCAGGGGAAAGAGAACCUGGGCACAGAGCCCUCAGCCACACUGUCUGAAAUCGAUGCCCGGCUUCAAGCACUGCAGGCCUACAUCAGCACCCUGGGCACUCACAUGUGAGCCCCCCAGGGGCCACCAGGAGCUCUCCUCAGAGGAACCAGACCCAGGCAUUGGUGUGCCACGAAGCCACCGGUGCCCAGGCUGUGUCCCGACUGUCCCCCAGAGGGAACAGCGCUGGCAGGAUGUGGUAUAAUAAAUGCCUUCAUGGCUC